AACUUCAUCAACUCGUGUUCUUUCCUUUUUGUCUUUCUUCAGAAUGACCUGAGGCAGGUCCAACCACGUAGUCUACACGUGAACUCCAAUGACAGUUGUUGAAAGCAUCCCGAGACAGUUGAAGCAUGAACAAAAGAAGUAAGGCUGGGGAGGUUUAUAAAACGGCUCGUUCUCCCAAAAACUGAUCACACGACGGGUUAAACGCACACAAUGGCGGACACGCGUCUGUUGGUGCUUCUGUCUGUCUGCUCGUCUGCGUGGCUUCCUCUGGGUUCCUCCAAAGGCAUGCUGUACCCGCAGGACUCCGAGAGCAGGGUGGUCAAGACUCUGGAUGGCAUGUGGCGAUUCCGGGUGGACACAUCGUCGUCCCGCAACCAGAGCUUCGUUGAUCAGUGGUGGACACGGCCGCUAGCAGAAACUGGACCUGUUCUGACCAUGCCAGUCCCAUCCAGCUACAACGACAUUACUGUUGACAAAAGCAUCAGAGACUUCAUCGGAUGGGCUUGGUACGAUAGGCAGUUCUUCGUUCCAGAGGAGUGGGCCAACCAGCGGGUAGUUCUCCGAUUUGGGAGCGUUCAUUAUCAUGCAAUUGUGUGGGUCAAUGGACAGUAUGUGAUGACACAUGUCGGCGGCCACCUUCCCUUUGAAGCUGAAAUAAAUGGGGUGGCGAAUUUCCACGGAGCAAAUCGGGUGACCGUUGCCGUCAACAACACCCUUUCUCCCACCACACUGCCACCCGGAUCUUUGACAUUCGGGAGCGACCCUCAAAAGUAUCCUCCAGGCUACGUCAUACAGGAGAUGCAGCACAUGGACUUCUUCAACUACGCUGGCAUUCACCGCCAUGUACACCUGUACACCACCCCACGAUCCUACAUCGACGACAUCACUAUUGUCACCUCAUUUAAUAAUGUUGGAGAUAGUGUGGACGGUAUUGUGACCUAUGACAUAACCACAAUGGGAGGUCAAGCCAGAGCAGCAGGAGAUGUGCAGGUGGCCAUAGUCAACAAGGACGGGACGGUUGUAGCGCAGCAAAGCAACCAGCUUCAGGGCACCAUCACCAUCACCAACGUCCACCUGUGGUGGCCCUACACCAGCAAGCCCAGCAACCCCGGGUACAUGUACACGCUUAAGGUAAGCAUCUCCGGUGACGUCUACCGUCAGCCGUUUGGUGUGCGGACAGUCGCCGUCACCGACAGCCAGCUGUACAUCAACGGUCGUCCCUUCUACUGUCUGGGUGUGGGCAAACACGAGGAUGCAGAUAUUAGAGGCAAAGGGUUCGACUAUGCUCUGACUGCGAAAGAUUUCAACUUGAUGAAGUGGAUGGGCAUCAACUGUUUCCGCACAUCUCACUACCCGUAUGCAGAAGAAAUCAUGGACCAGGCUGACGAGCAGGGAAUCGUCGUUAUCGAUGAGUGUCCAGCGGUGAAUAUUAUAAGUGCUGCGAACAUGGGUCCUGCCUCUCUGGCUCACCACAAGGAGGUGAUAACAGAAAUGAUACAGCGUGAUAAAAAUCGACCCUCUGUCAUCAUGUGGUCAGUAGCCAAUGAACCCUCGUCAAAUCUUCCCGAGGCAGAAGACUACUUCCGAGAUGUGGUAGCUCAUACCAAAAGCAUGGACAGCGCGCACAGGCCCAUCACCUUCGCUUCCAGUGUAGACUCCAACAGCGACCUUGUAGCUCAGUUCGUUGAUGUAAUCAGCAUUAAUCGUUACUAUGGAUGGUAUUCGGACACGGGACACGCGGAGGUGAUUCUGCUACAACUAAGCACCGAGUUAGAAGCCUGGCGAGCUCGCCACCGAAAGCCGAUCAUUAUUUCCGAGUAUGGGGCUGAUACUAUUCCUGGACUGCACCAGUAUCCAGAGUUUGUCUUCUCAGAAGAGUUCCAGACUAGCUUCAGUUCCGAGUAUCACAAGACUUUUGACAAGUACCGCUCCCAAUUUUUGGUAGGGGAGAUGGUCUGGAAUUUUGCGGAUUUCAUGACUACACAGGCUAUCAUUCGAGUCGGAGGAAACAGGAAAGGGGUAUUAACUCGUCAACGCCAGCCCAAGGCAGCCGCUCAUCAGUUGCGUGCCCGCUACGUCGCCAUAACGAACAGCACACAACUCAGCAGUUGAACAGCUUUGUGUUGGCUAGACGUUUAGAAUGAACAGAGAUCCCUUUUUAUAAUUCGAUCCUUCGAAAUCUACUACUUUGUACUUCUAAGCAUUAGCGUCUCCCAACUUCUAGUUUCGACAAACAUUUAAAACAUUUCUUCCGCGUAAUUUGUUUCGCUUUUUCAUAUCAUGAUAUACAAUUCCAGAAAUCUCUAGAUCCACUGUCAAAUGAUGAGCCUUGGUUAUUAUAAUUGUGUUAUAGCCCAGCUUAUAAACCUUUGUCAAACAGUGAACAUAUUCACUUCCCUGGAAAUGACACGAUUUUGUUUAAACAAAUCAAACUCGGACUGACUCAAUGGCAUAUCGUGAUAGAUAGAAUUCCUUUCUAUUUUUGAACUACAAUAAAUCACUGCAAAACUAAAGCACAGUCUUAUAUAAGAAUUAUAUUUUGUUGCUAUAAUUAAGAAUGUGUCUGGUGAUAUUUUUCCGAGUUAGGAUAAUUGAACAGAAACAUAUCGCUCCGACUACGAACUUCGCGAUUCAACUUUCCUGGCGGUGACAGAACGACCCAUUCCACGAGAAUAGCUGAACCUGAUCUAUAAAUAGACUGGUCACGUGAUCACAUGACAAGCUUCAAACUUCAAAAUGGUGGACGGGUGUCGGCUGCUAUUGCUUUUUGCAUGCAUUUCAACGUUAUUUGAUGUAGUUUUACUGAAAGGUAUCCUCUAUCCUCGAGAUUCUGAAAGUAGAACGGUUAGAAUCUUGGAUGGCAUGUGGAAUUUCAGAGCAGAUGCGUCAACGUCACGAAACCAUGCAGAGUUUUGUGGAUCGGUGGUGGGCAAAACCACUUCGGGUCUCUCUUCUCCAAGAGAGAUGUUUAAAAUAUUCUCAUUUCGGCCUUUCAAAAUCAUCGGCAAAACUUCAGUUUAAAGUAACAGAAGUACGAUCCCACUGAACAGAAGGAAGUGCAUGGGUACUGCCAGUGAUCUGACUUCACUAGAUCAUGCAGACGAUAAGGAUAAAUUAACGGUGUGUUGUUGUUGCAUAUUAUUUACAGACACAGUGCAUAAAAUUGUUUUAACAAUUGCACAGUAACUCUGUAUUUGCUUUUCUUGUGCAGAUGUAAAACGUGUAUAGAUAGAAAAAGAAAAGGAGUUUUGACACGGCAACGGCAGCCGAAAGCUGCGGGUCAUCUACUGCAUCGAGCACGUUACCUCUACUUGUUCAAUAACACAACUCAUUCCUAGCAGGUUUUCUUGUUCUUAGCAGGGUGCCAAUGUUUCUUCCAUUUUAAAUUUUUCUAUAUAGUCUUGCAUUUUUAUUUUAUAUAAACAGAGCGGAAAAUAUUUGAGUGGUGGGUGAAAGCCAGGCUCAUUCAUAUUGUCUAAAAGCUGUCCAUUGUCAUAAAGGCCAAAAUAUUUUUGCCAAUUACUCUGAUUCAAUUUUUGGCAUCAUAUAUUUGUGUACAAAUGGCUUCAUUUGACUCAUUUCUAAGUUCCAUCAAAUAAUUCUACUUUUAAUCUUUAUUGCAGGAUCAUUAAGUAGCUCAAAUGCUACCCUCUUUACUUUAAAUUAAUAAUUAUUAGCAAACUGCAUCUUUUCCUUUUUAAUUUGUCAAGACAUGUUUGUGCACCACUUUGAAAUUCAUGACAUUUAGAACGGCUUUUGCAAAUGUAAAUGUACCCAAAACAAGUUUAUUUUUGUAUCGUUUUAAAAUGGGGAACAUUAAUUCUUCGAACUAGGUCCCAACUAGAAAGGGAUGCCCAGGACCGGGUCCGAUGGCGGCGUGUGGUUGCGGCCCUAUGCUCCACUGGGGGCGAAUAGGACAGAAGAAGAAGAAGAAUUCUUCGAUGAUUUGUUGCAAUAUUCUGUACAAUUCUAAAGUGCAUUUCCAAUGUUAUGAGAGUAUUAACGCAGAGGUUGUGCAAUUUCUGCCAAACUUUUACUUCUGAUUCUUUACCAUGUAUGAAUGCCAGCUAAUAAAAUUUUAACUAUGAUCAAUAAAGUGUGUUAACAGU